UUUGAGUGUGACCAAGUGGGUGCAUCUCAACUGGGGGGAUGCCGGCCUCAUCGCCUUCUUUGCCAACCUCUUCCACACGCUGCGCCCUGGAGGGGUGCUCAUUCUCGAGCCGCAGCCGUGGAGCUCGUAUAAGAAGAAACAGGGGCUUACUCAGGAGAGCAAGGAGCACUACAGCCGCAUCAAGAUCUUCCCCACCCAUUUCCGAGAGCUGCUGCUCGACAAG